AUCAUUCAUAAACAAACACAACAGCUACUCUAUAGAAUAUCAGGCUCAUUGGCCUUGUUAUCAUGCAUUGGUGCAGUAUUUGUUAUCAUCACAUUCAUCUGGUACAAGGACCUGAAGAAACAUCCUACUCGUAUGGUGUUCUUCCUGUCGAUAUGCGAUCUGAUCUUUAGUGCCAAGUAUAUGAUCACCUCUGUCAUUCCCAACUCACAGUCUCUACAACAACAUAUGGUCUGGUGCAACAUUCAGGCUGCUUUACAACAGUUCUUUGGUCUGGCCUCCAUCAGUUGGUCGGGCAUGAUCUCACUCAAUCUGAUCCUUACAUCUGCCAAUCCAUUCCGCAACACAUCCUCUCUGUCCAAGUGGUAUCACGUCUGGGUGUGGGGCUUGAGCCUCGUGUCCACCGUGCUGAUGUUUGCUCUCGACUAUGAGGACAUUGGACCUUCUGGUGAUGGCACCUGCUGGCUGAUGAACAAAAAGUCUCUGAUGCGACUCUCCUUCUUUGUUCCGCUGAUGGCCUACUUUGCACUCUCCAUCGGAUCACUCAUCACAGCCUUUUACUACUCGGGCAACUUCUCUACGCUGUCCGAUGAGAACCGUCGUGGCAUGCUCAUUCGCAUGAGUUCCUAUACGGCCGUCUUCAUUCUUUGUUGGCUCGGCCCAGUUAUUCAUCGCACUGUUCAGUGGACAGAGCCAAGCAACAACAAGAAUGGUGACAGCAGUGACAGCAGCAACUUUGAUCCAACACCAUUGAUGUACUUUGAUGCGAUUGGUGUGUCGGUGCAGGGCUUCAUGAAUGCUAUAGUGUGGCUGACCAACCCUCAGUUCUUCAAGGGCUUCACCAACAAUGUCAAGAGGGUCAUACCAUGUCUCAGCUUCAACAGACUGGAGGAGAACAUACCACUGCUCAAAUCACUCAAGGACGACAUGCAGGAUCCAACACAGUUGGCCACCUCUCUCAGGAACUACAUUCUCACCUGUUGUCUCAAGGGCAUCACUCUGUCGGUGGGCGACAACACAGAUCCAGUCAAUGAAAUGUCCAUCAAAAUGAAGGAUGACUGCAAGAUAUAUACAGAGCAACAGUUAUUCCGUGAGGAGCUCAGCAUACAGAGUUCCAGUAUCAAGAAGCAUCAGUUCAAGGACUACACACCAAAGACAUUCGCAGCAAUCAGGAGUCUACAAGGUAUUACACCUGAAGAGUAUUUGCGAUCAUUCAAUGCAGAGACCUUCUUUGAUGUACUAUCCAACCAGAAGUUUUCAGAGGGCAAGAGUGGAAGUUUCAUGUGCUUUACACCAGACAACAAGUAUCUGAUCAAAACGAUCACUCAACAAGAGUCUGUCUUGCUACGAAACAUUAUGAUCAAGUUUUAUGAUUAUUUCAAAGGAAACAGUUCAUCCUAUUUAUUACGAUUCUAUGGUAACUACAAGAUUGUGAUGCCAAACCAUCAUGUGUACCUGGCAGUCAUGUCCAAUGUGUUCAGUACGACGAAGCAAAAGAUAACGGAGCGAUAUGACUUGAAGGGAUCAAGUGUCAAUCGUGGUGGACACUACAACUAUGAUCCAAAGACACUUGGUCUGGAUUUGGACUUUAUCAACACCAGACAGUAUCUCAACGUGCCUCCACGUCUCAAGGAUCCAAUACUGAAUCAACUGGGCAAAGACUCUGACUUCCUCACUGGUCUCAAUAUUAUGGACUACAGUCUACUGAUAGGUGUUCAUUCAAAUGUUCAGCAACAACAACAGGAGGAUGAUGCAUUAUUACAACAAAAACAACAAUCUCAACAAGAACAACAGGGUGAUCCACAACCAGAUCAACUACAACAACAACAUCAACAACAACAACUACAGGAACAACAACGAUCAUUGGAGGAUGAUAAUAUUCAUCGUAUUGUGACGUCGACAAGGAAGGAAGUAGUUUACAUUGGUAUUAUAGAUAUAUUGCAACUGUAUGAUUUCAGCAAGAAGCGUGAGAGAUUCUUGAAGGUGUACUUUGCCAGGAAAGAUGGAGAAGGUAUCUCGUCGGCACCACCCAAGUUCUAUCGUCAUCGAUUCAUGAAGCGCAUGAAACAAAUCAUUGGCGGUGUGUAUGAA